AACAUCCUAGACAAGUUCAAUCCCGGUGCAAGACAACUGAUCAAUGCUGGUAAAGCGUACCUGAAGGCACUUCACGCUGCAGCAGCAGCGUCUCGAGUUUAUGUCGACGCGUUAUCCAGACUUGCACGUCAGGCACAGCUGGGAACAUGGGGUGGAUCGAAAGAUGUCGGAUUCGCCCUUAUGAGGAUCGUCGAGGUUUACAAGGAAAUACACGAACAAGAGAUGAACAUCCUGAAGGCAUUCUACGUUGAUUUCUUGGUACCCUUAGAAACAAACUUGGAGAAAGACACGAAGGUAGUUCAGAGCGAACAGAAGAAAUUUCUGCAACAACACAAGACCAGAUCGGAAACUUAUAGCAAGGCUGCAGCCACCAUGAAAAAGCAAAGGAAAAAAUCUAGAGGUGCUGGCAAAAGUGGAUUGGCCAUGGACAAGGAAUUGAAAAAUAUGCAAAUACUCGAGGAAGAAAAAUCCAAACUCGACGCUUUUUGUGAACAAAGUUUAAAAAACGCAAUGACGCAAGAAAGAAGAAGGUACGGAUUCGUUCUUGAACGACAAUGUUCUUUGGCAAAACAUUGCGCAAGUUUUUACGAAGUCGCCCUUGCGGCCCUUCAUCCGUCGGUUGACAAAUGGCGCGAAGUUGCAGCUACUCGUGAAUAUUUACCACAAUCUGUUGAAGACAUGUUCGCCUCGAGACUUAGGCAAGUUUCUUUCUGGCCGGAGGACGAAGAAAAUGGUGGAUCGGAACUAACAAUGAGUUCACAAUUGAGGAAAACACGAAGCAUGGAUAGUUCUUGUUUGGAACUUCGUCUUGGUCCACCAUCUGGCAACACACCCUCCAGUGCUUAUCACGGACCACCACCGCAUUUACCAGCUGUGCUUUCCAGAGCACGAUCGGAGGCCAAUUUGCAUGCCUCCACGUUAUCCCUCGGUCCAGAGGUUCCGGAAACUCCCCCACGACCCAGAUCCAUGGCUCCUCCGCUUUCUCGUAGCAGUGUUGGAGGACUAGGAGGAGGAGGAGGAGGAGGAGGAGGAGGUAGUGGUAGUGGAGGAGGUGGUGGUGGUGUAGGUGGAGGAGGUAGUAGCAGUGGCAAUGGCACAGGACCGAUUUCUGGAGGUUGGGGUGAUGCACCACUCGCAAGAGCACUCUUCGCUUAUCUCAGCUCUGGAGAAAAUCAGUUGAGCUUUCUAGAGGGUGAUCUCAUCGCUCUGAUGGGUGAUCGUCAAAAGGGCUGGCAAUUCGGUGAAAAUCUUCGUACACAAAGUUCGGGAUGGUUCCCAUUGGCAUAUACCGAAGUUAUUAUCGACGAUAGUUUAGGAUCGCCUAGUCAUGGUGCAAGCAAUGGUCGAACACCGGAACCACAAGCAGUUCCACCGUGUAAACCACCACCCUCUCGUCCACCAGUCACACCGAGUAGCAUCGACGAGUUAUCGAGUGGUCAUCAUGGUUCUGGAAGCAAUAACAUGAACAGCAACAGCAAUAAUAAUAACACUAGUAGCUGUGGAACACCGACAAAUGUACCUAACAGUAACAGUGCACACAAUUUGGCUACUCCGACAGCUCGGCAAUCCAAAUCGAUCCGUCCAUCGGGUACAUUGCCAACAGUCUUGGCAGGUGGUCGUAGAGUUCAACCACCUGUCCCACCGAUUCCACCACCCCAAGCAGUAACUUCCCUUCACAGUAGCAACGACAGUGGAUUUUCUAACGAACCACCUGCUCAACCGGAUAUCGAUUAUAGCGACGACGAGGCCAUGAGACAACGUCGAAGAAAGGGACGUCCAGAAAGAGCUAACGAGUCUGGGAAACAACAACAACAACAACAACAACUUCAGCAACAACAAUCGAAGGAUGAUCAGAAAAGUUCAAACGAUAAAAAUUGGGAAAACGAUUCGUGGAAAACGAUAACCAGGGAAGACAAGAGCUGGCAACUUUACAGAACGGCAAUGGACUUGUGGGCUGAAUCUAAUGCGAAUCAAAACAACGAGAACGAGGGGCCAAGUUCUGGUAGAUAUUCUAACAACGGUGGUGGUAACCGACGUUACGAUAACACUCAGGAUCGACAGAACACACGUGGGGAUUAUUCUAAUCGUGGUACUAUGGAAAAUGGUCAAUCGACUACCGGUAAACGGGAUAAAAAAGCACAAGAUAAGAUUCAAAAGAACGAAUACGAAUCAUCGUCUCGCGUAAUUAAUCGACCAAAUCCUAAUCACCGUAACAAAUAUUCCGAACGCGUAGAUGACAAUACCUCGUCGAGAAAUUCCAAUCGUAGGAAUAAUAACAACAACAACAACAACAACAACGAACAAACGAAUCAAUCAAGUUUACGUCGUGACAAUUCUGCCAAACUAUCUAACAACAAGGAACAAGAGGAAACCGAGGAAGACGAGUUGGAUUUGGACGACGAUGAGGAAGAUCCAUAUAAUUCUGGUAUUGAUUAUCAGAAAAAAUAUUACGACGAUAGAAUCGAUAAUCAGGAUCGUAAUUCACGUCGUAGCGGUUAUCGUUCGUUAGAAACCGAUGAUUCGAAAUACGAUAACGAAAAAACGUCGUCGAGUCCGUCGUCCGAUAGCGACGACGAGAGUACGAUAACUGUACCGGAAACUGGUAGAAAGGUUGAACAUAUUGCACAAAAGUUAGAACAAACUGCGCAAAAGUAUGCUCGGGAACAUAGUCCGCCGAAAUUUAUUGAAAGAAGACACGAUUAUAAGAGUUUGGAACGUAAUAAUAGGGAGGACAAGCAACAUCAGAACAAUUACGACAGAUAUAAUAAUAAUAAUAAUAAUAAUAAUAAUAAUAAUAACGAUCGCGAGAGGAAUCGUCGUAUGGCUCAGAGAUUGGAGAAAGAAAGGGAACGUUAUUUCGAUAAAUCGUCCGGCAUAACCGCGAAAAGUAAUAAUUCGACUUAUGAAAGAGAAAGAACAUUCGAGAAGAAUCCUGACAGAAAUAGAAACAUAGAACGCGCAUCCGGUCGUCGUUUCGAAAGACCAAGACCACCGUCCGAGGAAGCACCCGAAAGACCAACCGACGUUCGUUCUAGCAAUUAUUAUCGCGAUCGUUGUUAUUCCGACAAAGAGGAAGCUAUUUAUGGUGAAACUGGUAGAUUCAUGAGAGAUCCAAUUUCUCUCGAAAAGGAACGCGGUUACGAGUCGAAUUUUGAGACCAAAUUGGAAAGAACUAAAGUCAUCGAGAGACAUGGUUAUCAAACAAUGUUGGGUCAACAACAAACUAAUCUUCAACGUGUUGAUAGAAAUGGACAAAAUACUUUGGAGAGAAACGACAAUAACAAUAAUACUUUGAAAGAUGACAGAAGACCGUUGUUACCUCGACAAACUACGGCCGUUGGUCAUUUGAUACAAACCGGAAGAUCUUUCGAAGUUGACACGAAGAGUCCUAAAUUGGUGAAAAGAACUAAAUCAUUUUGGAGAUUCCGUAGAGAUUCCGACGUUUUGGAAGGAAUGGCAUUAUGGCAACACCGUUCAUUGGUGGAUAUACCGAAAAUGAUAAAGAAAGAAAUGAACGAUGAUAAAUCUAACACCUUGGAAAAAUCACAUUCGAACAAGCAGAGUUCCGAGGGUAGCCCAAUGUCCAGGCAAAGUCUUGAAAAACGUGACAGCGAUGUUACCCUAACGAAUGAUCAAUCGAGUCAAGAUGAACCGAAACCGGCCGAGAGAAUUCACGUACCAGAUAAAAAUGAUUAUUUCGAAGAUUUUCCAACACCCGCUGAAAGGCCCAAGGUCAUUGAGAGAUCGGAAUAUCGAAUGCACCAAGAAGAAAGAGCAUACUUUGUUGGAAAUGUUUCGAGAAAAGCUAUCAUUGAAAAGGAACGCAAACGUAGUCUCGAAGCUAAAAGAAAUAUGAUCGUUGCCGAGCUUAAAGAAAACAACGAAGCUAAAAGAAACGAAAGGAGAGGACAGAAAAGUUAUGGGAAUGAGAACGACAACGGUCUGAUACGAAAUUUUAGUGAAACCGAGGCUUCCGAUGAGGAAUCCACUUACAGUUGCAUCGUCGUCAAAGAUCAAACGGUUUCAGAAAAAACGCUUUUACCGAGGACCAAAUUAAGACGUGAUUCGGAUCGCGAAAGGGACAAGAACGUUUGCGGUCCAUGGUACGAUCUAUGGGGCGUCGACUCGUCGGUCAACAAUAAGAAGAAAAAGAAGAAACAGCAAUAAGAUAUUUUCCUAUCUUUCGUUUCGUUUCGUU